GGAUGUCAAAACAGGAUAAUAAAAAGCCAAAUUAGAUGGUCAUACUAAUACUGUCUAGUCAGUCUGUUUCUCUCCUGAUGAAAAUACAUUAGCUUCUAGUAGUAUAGAUAACUCUAUCCGUCUAUGGAAUGUAAAGACAGGAUAAGAAAUUAAAUCCUCUGAUUAAAACUACAAAAAUAUUCUUGCAUAAUUUAAAAUAUCACUUUAGAAUAGCUCAUUAUUACCAAAUGGUAUUUGUUAUUUAUUAUUAUUUAGUUUAGACAUAUCGUACAAUACUUAGUAUUUGUUAGAAUCUUUAAUUAGAAGCAUCAGGUACACUUAUAUUGUAAGGAGAAUUUAUAAACCAUUAGGGGAAAGAUUUGA